GCGAUAGAAAUCUCGACCUCACAAUGUAAUUGUUUAAUAUGAAACAUUUAAAUAAAAUAUACGUCGCUUUUCAAAGCAAGGCAACACUCUCAUGGAUCUUGUACUUAUGUCGUAUUAUUUGGCCUACAGCCAAUGCCGCUAUUAUGAGGUGCUACAAGUGUGUCUCCAGUUCAAGCUGGGACCAUUGCAAUGACAGUCAAGUUGUUGAAGACUGUCUUUCGGAUGAGGAACAAUGUGCUCAAUUCCUCAUUCAAGCCUAUGAUCCAGUAUCUGGUUCAAGUAAAGCAAAUUACCUCAAAGGUUGUGCGUCAAAGAGAGUGUGCCAUAAACGUCAAACUUCCAAAGUGUGUGAAGAUUUUCGGAGGAGAAACUCUGGAGCGCGAAUAAGCUGCCAAGUCUUCUGUUCCUCUGGAAAUCGCUCAAACGAAGGAAAACCACCAGACUUAUGCAAACCUGGGUACUACUGUCUAAAUGGGAACACCGAUCUCUCCCUUCCAUGUCGAUAUGGGACAUACCAGCCUUUCGACGGUCAAACGUCGUCUUCCUCAUGUAUUCAAUGUCCAAACGCAGCAGUGUUGAAUGCAGAACCAUUAACAAGCUGUCUAACAGACAGACCAUUUACCUCUUCAUCACUUGCCAAGAGCGCUGGGGAGAUUGUUGGGGGAGUCGUUGGUUCUUUGAUCCUAUUGGUCGUUGCAUACGUAGUCGUUCAAAAGCGCCGUCGUCGUGGUAAUACAAACGCCUUUACGGACAUGUUAGACCUCGCUUACAAUCUACAAAAAGACGACAAAGAACUACUAGAAGAACAAGAACAAGAGGAAAGUUCUACGGCCAAACAACUUCGAUUUAGUUAUUAACCCUUAAACCUAUUCAGACCGGGUAGGCACGGUAGAUGGGGAGGAUGUCUCCGUCUAAACCGUAUUUUGACAGUUACUUAUUUAUUAAUUUUUUGUUACAAAAUUUGUCUUUUAUGCAGUUCUUAAAAAGAGAAUUUUAGUUGUUAAAACGAAAUGAAAUGGGAGAAAAGAGCUGCUUGUAGUCCAAUUCUCACCACUACAAGAGAAUUCCAUUUCUUAUUUCAUUACUUAAUUUAUAUUCUAUAAAACAUAUCUAAAUUACCAUAUUUAGACAGGGAGCCACGUUGCCUACAGCUCGAUUUCAUGCGGGCUCUCUUUCCUUGUCGAGUUUUAAUUUACGCUACUAGUACUCAGAGGAAAGCAUUUGAAGCAUGGCGAGAACUGACAAGAAAUUCAGCCCAAAUAUCGCUCCAAACUGGAAUCACGUUACCGCUUGCAUUCCAAAUGAGUUUGUAAUUUUAACUACCAUUAAUUAGCGCUUUUUAGCUCUAAUUUGAAGACGGGGUAAAAUGUAACAUGUUAACUUCCUUUUUGGCUGUAAGAAAAUAAACUCAUGAUAUCCUUAAUCCAAGAUGGUCUUAACGCGUCACGUGACUUAAUACACCCCAGCCAACACUGGAGAAUGUUUGAGUGAUAUUCCCAAGUUUUAAUUAAAGCGUGCUGGGAAAAGUAUUUCAAACGGGUAUGCUCGGAUAGUCCUCGAAUCUCACAGUGUACGUCAAGUUUUGCUUUCGGAAAACUGCUCGCUUCACGGAACAGAUAAUAUCCGCUGAUAAUAUCCGGGCAUAUUACCGCGCCAAAGGGAGGUUUUUUGUUUAUAUAAAUUGCAUCACCGCGAUGUCAUUGCUGUUACUAAUUAAACCUACCGAAACUCUACUUGUUAUCCUCUCUAUGCUAUGCAACACGUGUACAAUGCUGUUAAAGGUUGUCGUGGAAAUAUUGUCGAAAGACGUUUUAUGCUAUUAAAUCAAAUGAAUAACGCAUAAUGACCACAUUUACAAAUAAUGUUAAUGGCACCACAUACA